CAACCCUGCACUCUAUACACAGUGCACCCCUCAACCCUGCACUCAAUACACAGUGCACCCCUCAACCCUGCACUCUAUACACAGCGCACCCCUCAACCUUGCACUCUGUACACAGCGCACCCCUCAACCCUGCACUCUAUACACAGUGCACCCCUCAACCCUGCACUCUGUACACAGCGCACCCCUCAACACUGCAUUCUGUAUAUAACACAGUCUUCAAUCCUGCACACUGUAUGUAGCACACUCUUUAACUCAGCACUCUGUAUUUAGUGUACGCCUCAACACUGCACUCUGUACGUUGCGCACUUCUGAACACCUGCCAGCUGUGCCCAGCCCUGCCACCCCCCUCCCCUGCA